GUGUAUUCGCUUGGCCCUGGUUCACGACAUGGCAGAGUGCAUCGUUGGGGACAUAGCGCCCGCCGAUAAUGUUCCCAAAGAAGAAAAGCAUAGGCGAGAAGAGGAAGCCAUGAGACAGAUGACCCAGCUCCUGCCAGAGGACCUCAGCAAGGAGCUGUAUGAACUGUGGGAGGAGUACGAGACCCAGUCCAGUGCAGAAGCCAAGUUCGUGAAGCAGUUGGACCAGUGUGAGAUGAUCCUGCAGGCGUCCGAGUACGAAGACCUGGAGUGCCGGCCGGGGAGGCUGCAGGACUUCUUCGACUCCACCGCAGGGAAAUUCAGUCAUCCCGAAAUAGUCCAGCUUGUCUCUGAAAUCGAAGGUGAAAGGAACGCAAACAUUGCCACAGCCGCAGGCGAGCCACACUCCUGAGCCAGUGACCCGAGAUUUCUUUCCAUUUCGUGGUGCUGUUCUGCUGUUGCUGGUCUCAAGUCCCUCCAUGUGAAGUCUGUGGGUUUUCAGUUGUCUGGAAUUCUGCAAGAAGUGUGAUGUUAUUCAGGCCCUAAAGCCACGGAAGAAGUGGUUAUGAACACAGCAGGAGUGAGGAGGACUGCCUUUUUAAUAAAUAAAACGG